GUGCUCCGUGGACAACCGAGUCACCCGCUUUUUGACCCGCAGCAGCAUCCUCUAUGCUGGCAAUGACAAGUGGUGCUUGGACCCUCGGGUGGUGCUCUUGGCCAACACCAAAACCCAGUACAGCAUCCAGAUCCAAGAUGUGGACGUGUACGAUGAGGGCCCCUACACCUGCUCCGUGCAGACAGACAAUCACCCCAAGACAUCGCGCGUCCAUCUCAUCGUGCAAGUGUCUCCCAAAAUCACCGAGAUCUCUUCCGACAUCUCCAUCAACGAGGGCGGCAACGUCAGCCUCACCUGCAUAGCCACGGGCAGGCCAGAUCCAACGAUCACCUGGAGACACAUCUCGCCCAAAG